AUGUCGCUUCCUAUCCCCGGAUUGGGCGAGUCCUACUCGCUAGCAGAGUUGCCUCGUAUCCCUGACUUGCUGCUUCCUGCGCGUGUGGCCAUCCCUGAGUCUCGCAAAUCCCUCCAGCAUCUCACCCCAGAUACCAUCGACUUGGGUAUUUCCAAGCUGAUAAUCGCCAGCUAUGUGUUGAAGCCAACCCCCAAAUUGGUCUGGUCAUAUCCAUUGUCUCCAAGCACUGUGGUAGACUCUAUGGAUGUCCACGGUCUGUUGUAUCUUGUUGGUUUGACUGAGAGACAGAAGAGCAGGCUUCUCUUGAUUCAGAAGCAUGCUGACGAGUCCAUGACUACCAGUGAGAUCAGCUUGCUGGCUCCUGCUGCAGCUGUCAAGUUCUCGCUGUCCGACCAUAUCUAUGUGCUUUUGAAAACCGGAAAACUCGAGCUUUAUGACUAUUCUACCGAAGAGAAGCUCGAAUUAUCCAAAGGUCCCGGCCUUGUCAACAUCGCCACUUCUUCCAAGUCCUACUCGGUGGUUUACCAGACGUUCAUUUCCAACCACACUUUCAAGCAUAAAAAUGACUUGCUUUUUUUUGUGGAAACAUCCAAAAGCUCGUCCUCUGUCAAAUACCACCUUGUUGCCUUGGACGGAGCUAAAACCUUCGACAUCUACGACACCUCGAUCGACUACGACAAAUCGCACAGCCUCAUCUAUACAUACGCUGAUGGCGUCAUUUACAGCUUCGAUACUGACAGCAAAAGUCUCUCCUCAAGCUGGCUCAUGAAGCCCCAGGAAACCAUAAAAUCCAUCUCGUUGGAAAGCCUAGUUAAAGGAUCCGACAAGGACACCUUGUAUUCCAUCAUUGCAGUAUCAUCCGAGAGACUUCUCUUAUCGUUUAAAUCGCUGGUCUUUUUGAUCAACUUCAAGUUCGAGAGUUUGUUGGGAGACCAUACCAACAACUCUGGAAAUGAGGUGUACUUGGCAUUUGGACUUCCAGUGGCUGGAAACUCUCCCGAAUCCAGAUCCACGUUUGCAUUAUACUUAAAUUUUGAGGACAGAACAAAGACUUGCAAGUUGAAACUGAUCCUGGUGGAUGUUGGUGUCAACACCUUGAGCGAGUCUCUAGGUAAGUCGCUCUACCGCGACCAGACAGAAGUCCAAUUGAGUGGAAUGCCUCACUUAGCCGAAGCUGACUUGCAGAAAGCCAACGAAGAGGCUUUGGUACAGUUAGAGCGAACCCUCAAGCUUUUGGCUCAUGACAAGGUUUCUAAGAACACCGAGCACUUCGACAAACACUUGUUGGGAUACCUCAAAGAAGCCAAGAAUAAAAUCAAGACUGUCAAGUCUUUCCGGUUCUCUCCACUUCUGGACAGAGUGGUCGAUGACAAGUUCAUUUCACAGGCUUUGUCGUUGGUCUUCAAGUUUGAUGACCAAGAGAACAUCCAGAUCAUUGAUGAAGCUUUCUUGCCCGAGUACUCCUUGAAGUACCUUCUCACCCACCCAUUGUAUCCAAGCAAAUAUGCUGCUGGUAUGCUCAUGCUCUUCUCCCAAUUGAACCAGCCCAUUUUGUUGAAGCAUGCCAUCGACAACUGUGCAGCCAUCACCAUCGAUGAACUCAUGGCCGAGUUCCUCAACUUAAUCGAGCUCACCGACGAGAUGAACUUGGAAGAGCAAGAUGAGGCUCAGUACAUUUUGUCUUUCUUGAAGGCCACCGUUGAUCGUUUAAUCAGGGACUACUCUAUUGCACAGAUCACCACCAAGCUUCAGGAGGUCUUGAAUGUGGAGUUUGAAACCGCCAACAAGAAAUUGGAACGCAUGUUAUCAGUUCUCCUCAAUAUUAACACCAGCAACUCGUGGGAGUUGGUGCAAGCCGUUAUUGAUGUUGGUGGACUCUUCAACUGGAGAAUUCCAACCAUCACUACACUUAGCGAGAUCAUUGACUCGAAGAUCGAUGCCUUGACUCAGAACAGUUACAACUUGACAUUGACGAACCAGGCAAUUAUCGCAAUCGAUAAUGCCACUAAGAAUACCAAAAAGAAUGAGCCUAAGGUCGUGGAUAACAUUCAUGAGGUCAGUAACCAGAGAUUGCAGUUGGAUGCCAUUUUGACCAUCAGCAACAAUACUUCAAACACGAAGUUGUUGGUUGAUGAGGGCAUCGAGUUGGCCAAGCAGAUCCCCACAUAUUCCAGGGAGAAAUUGGUGUUAUAG